AUGGUUGCGGACGGCGACUGCUUGUUCCACGCGCUGGCCCAUGGUCACAAGCGAACGAUGGAGGACGAGAACGGUGCCAGGCCUCUUCCUGCAGACCUGGGACAGGCUCUUCGCCGGGAUGUGACAAGCUUCUUGACAGCCCAUGCAUUCGAGCAGGGCGACUUCGCAGAGAGCUGGCUAGAAGAAGCGGAACGUCUGGACAGAGGAUCGGAGGAGGCUUGGGCUGGAAACGACUCCAUCGUGGCCUUCUCCCUGAUGAAGAGAUGCCGCGUGCACGUGCACACGUACCUUCCCGACGGCUCCAUCGUCGCAAUCGACUCCACCCAUCGCGAUCUUCAAAAUCUCGCUGAUUUGCCCACGGUUCAUGUGUUCUACAAUGGACAAGACCACUACGAUGCAUUGGUGCAAGCCGAAGACGUGGCACUGCUGGUUCCCGCGUGGAAGGGUCAGACGUGGCCGAUGAGGUACUGGCGACUGCCGGGCGAAUUGCCGCCGCUGGAAAGCGGCGAUGCACUGCCCCCAAUCAAGAAAACAAGAUCGGCGGAGUCCGUCUUGGCACCUGAGGCCCCUGACCCUGCCGAAGACAUCCUGGACGAAGUGUGCAAGGCGAUCGUGGCGCCGGCAUCCACCCAUCCGCAUCGCCAAAUGGAGGAUGCCAUUACGAAGCUGGGCGGCAAGAAGAUGACGGGCGAGGAGUUCCUUCAGGGGUCGACGGAGCUUCGAGAGCAGCUGCAGCGCGGGAAGUACGUGGACAUCACCGGCGCCCAGAAGAGCGUGCAAGGCGACUUCUCCAAAGUCCAGCACGUGCCGGGACUAUCGGCUGCUGCGAAGAAGAUAGCGCAG